AUGGUGCCGCGUGGCGCAUAUGAAUUUCUUGAUACAAAAGAGACGCGUGCACAUCUGAUUGAACAGUAUGACAAUUUCUUGUUUGAUUGUGAUGGUGUGUUGUGGUCUGGUCCCACCGUCCUGCCGGGGGUGGUGUCGUUUUUCCGCAAAUUGCGGGAGCGUGGAAAGCGAAUCUUGUUCGUUUCGAACAAUGCAUCAAAGAGCCGACGUACAUUACUUGAGCGCAUCAAUGCGAUGGGCAUCGAUGGGCGUGAAGACGAAGUCUUCUCGUCAGCGUAUGCAACUGCUGCAUAUUUGAAGGAUGUGCUCAGGUUCCCGACAGAUCGCAAGGCGUAUGUGGUAGGUAUGAACGGUUUGGAAGAUGAACUAGAUGCGAAUGGAAUUCAGUAUAUUGGUGGCACAGACGAACAAGAUUGCCAAGGCCUGGAUGGGCUGGACUUUUCACCACUAGCCUCAAAAGAUGCGCUGGAUCCGUCAGUUGCCGCAGUCGUAUGCGGCAUCGAUACCAAGUUCAGCUACCGCAAACUUGCAAAAGCAUUUAGGUACAUUACACGACCGGGUGCGGAAGGAGAAGUUCGUGCGGGCGAGCAAAAUGGUGGAUGUCACUUUGUUUGUACUAAUGAAGACGUGACGUUUCCUUCGUCCGAGGGCUUAUUCCCAGGUGCAGGCGCAGUUUGGAAAGGCAUCCAGGUGUCGUCCGGUCGCGACCCUAUUGUCGUUGGGAAGCCGCAUCAGCCUAUGAUCGACACCAUCUUUGCUCGUUUCGCAUUUGACAAGUCACGUACUCUAAUGGUUGGCGACCGGCUCGAUACGGACAUUGCUUUCGGUCAGCGUGGUGGCAUCGAUACGCUUCUUGUGCUUACGGGUAUCAGCACACUUGAGCACGUCCAUGCAUCGGAUGCAGCAGCGGUGCCGACCUAUGUAGUGAAUGGUCUAUGUGACUUGGAUACGGCACUUAGUUGA